AUGAAGUCGUCAACAUCCCGUAAGGCUAAAGUUGUUGUACCACCUUGUUUAUGUACACAUUUACCUCAGUUGGUGAGUAUCAACAAAUCACUUCUGGUUGUAUUGUAUCUCAUGGAAACCGCAUCAUGCCAAUUUAUCAGUUGGAUAAAACAAUUGCAUUGUGGCUGGGAUAUUCCGGUUGAAUGCUUGCAACUGUUUGUUUCCGGUAAUGACAAUAAGUUUGCAAUUCAACAUAAGCGCAGUACAGUUGAAAAUUAUCAACAUAUAGUUGGGAAAAAGAUCAUGGAAAUCGACCGACUCUGUGUGAAUAAAAGUCUAUUAGAUGAAUAUCGAUUAAACCAACACAAAUUGAGGUCUGAUAUGACAAGACCCGGAGUCAAGCAAUCUCCUUCAAAUAGAUCAUCAUCAUCAUAUUCUUUCGAUGACGGGUGCGAACUCGAAUCGGAAGUAAUCCAAAUCGAUAUGGAUUACUUAAGACUGGGACACUUGGGAAACAACACUAGUAAUAAAGAAAAUUCAGCUACUGCAAGAACAUCAAUGGAAUCAAACCGGUUAGAAGUAGUUUUUGAGCUGGAUGAAGAACCUUUAAAGGAGGAAAUGGAGAGUGAAAAUAGUGAACGACUUUCAAUUCCUAUAUCUCCAGUGUUUGCAUAUUGA